GCAGCAAACUCCACUCCAGGAUGUGGCACCUCCGAAAAUUCUGAAAACCUUUUUUUUCUGCUAAGCUUUUUCAUUUUUAUUCUCCCACCACUGGAGCUUUUCAUUUCAUCAUUAUCACCACCUUCAUAAUUGUAAGCAGCACCAGCAGUAUCAUCAUCGUCACCAGUGUCUUCAUCAACGUCAUUAUAUCUGCUGACAUUUUCACUGAAAGCUUCUGUAGGCCUCAGGCACGAUGUAUCUGGAGAACAAGAGCGCCCUGGAGAUGGAGAUGUCUCAGACUGGAGCCCAGGGCCAUCAGGGCAGGGCGGCCCACAGGAAAUCUGAGGCGGUGGCCGGAAACUUUGACGAGUUGCGCCUCCUGGAAGGCUUCUCCGAGAGGAGGGAGACUCAGAAGCUGCUGCAGGCUGCCGCUGUGCCCCCAGGACACCACAUAAUCUACACAGAUUCCACCCAGGAGGACAGGCGCAACUUCAGCGUUGUAAACUUCCUACGAGGCAAGUGCAGUCUGACCAACCACACAGAGAGGUCCCCACUGCUCAAGUUCUCUCACGAUGAUAGUUUAACAUAUAUGACGCUGCAUGACCCCAGUUUGGGCCCUGGAGAUGAGCUGUGGGAUAACUCAGCUGAGCUGGAGAGGAGAUGCCGGCUGGGCAGUGAAGUGACAAGUCUGUCUCGUUCUCUGUCCACUGAGAAAAGUGAACACAACUUCAAACUGUCUAACAACCUUAGAUACUGUUUAAGAAUCACUAAAUUGGUCACCAUCUUCAUCAUUGUUGUUCUGUGUUCACUAUUCUUCAGCAUGUAUCCGGAUCGAGAGAGACCCUGGAGGAUGUUUGCAGUCUCAUCCACUGAGAGUUUCUCCAUGAACUUUACAGACUUCCGUGAUAACGCCUUGUUAAAGCUUCAGGUGGGUGGCCCUUUCAUGACUGGAAUGGAGGACGUCCCUGCCCAGGAGUACAUUCUGAUUCAAGUAGAGCAGACGGUGGAACUAGGGAUCCGCAGGAGACGAGUGCAACAGAUACUCUAUAACUGGACCAUACCUUUACAUUCGAAGAGGAACGAUCAGAUUCUUAAAACACGGACAUUUGAGAUGCUUACUGGUGCUCCAAUCCUGGUCAAUGUUCAGGCCUUCCUUCUAGACAAUCAGGUAGUUCCUCUCUCGAUGACGCGCCAGGCUCUCUAUAUAACAGUGGAAACGCAGGUGCUCAUUGCUGGACUCAUCCUGGCUGGAGUUUACGUGCUCAUUAUCUUUGAGAUAGUCCAUCGCACCCUGGCUGCCAUGUUGGGCUCCCUGGCAGCUCUAGCAGCCCUUGCCUUCAUUGGAGAUAGGCCCAGUCUGAUGACAGUGGUGGAAUGGAUCGACUAUGAGACCUUGGCCUUGCUGUUCGGCAUGAUGAUUUUGGUGGCCAUUUUUUCAGAGACUGGCUUCUUCGAUUACUGUGCUGUUAAGGCGUAUCAGGUUUCUAGAGGAAGAGUGUGGCCGAUGAUCAUCAUUCUGUGCCUCAUCGCUGCCAUUCUCUCUGCCUUCCUGGACAAUGUGACCACCAUGAUGCUCUUCACUCCUGUUACCAUCAGAUUAUGUGAGGUGCUGAAUCUGGACCCCAGACAUGUUCUGAUUGCCGAGGUAAUCUUCACCAACAUCGGAGGAGCAGCCACGGCAGUGGGAGAUCCCCCCAACGUCAUCAUUGUGUCCAAUCAGGAUCUGCGCAAAAAAGGACUAGACUUUGCUGCAUUUACGGGGUACAUGUUCCUGGGGAUCUGCUUGGUGCUUCUGACCUCCUUUCCAUUUCUGAGAAUGCUUUAUUGGAAUAAGAAACUCUACAAUAAAGAGUCCAGUGAGAUUGUAGAGUUAAAGCAUGAGAUUCUGGUUUGGAGACAGACUGCACACCGCAUCAACCCAGCCAGCCGAGAGGAGACUGCUGUCAAAUGUCUCCUCAUGCAGAAGGUGCUCAAUCUAGAAAGCCUACUGCGCAAGAAGCUCAGAACCUUCCAGAGGCAAAUUUCCCAGGAGGACAAAAACUGGGAGAACAACAUCCAAGAGCUACAGAAAAAGCACAGAAUAACAGACAAAGUCCUGCUGGUCAAGUGUAUCUCAGUGCUGACCAUAGUCAUCUUUAUGUUCUUCCUGAACUCCUUUGUACCCGGGAUUCAUCUGGAGCUAGGUUGGAUUGCUAUCUUGGGGGCUCUAUGGUUGCUGAUUCUGGCUGACAUUCAGGACUUUGAGAUCAUUCUGCACAGAGUGGAAUGGGCCACACUGCUCUUCUUUGCUGCACUCUUUGUGCUCAUGGAGGCUUUGGCCCAGUUGCAGCUCAUUGACUACAUUGGGGAGCAGACAGCGUUGUUAAUAAAAGCUGUGCCAGAGGCCGAGCGGCUGGCCAUCGCCAUCAUCCUGGUCAUGUGGGUCUCAGCCUUGGCCUCCUCUCUCAUAGACAACAUCCCCUUCACUGCCACCAUGAUUCCAGUGCUGAUCAACCUUAGUCAGGAUGCAGAUGUCAACCUGCCUGUGAAACCCCUCAUCUUCGCUUUGGCUAUGGGAGCCUGUUUAGGAGGUAACGGGACACUGAUUGGUGCAUCUGCUAAUGUGGUGUGUGCUGGAAUUGCUGAACAACAUGGUUACGGGUUCUCUUUCAUGGAAUUCUUCAGGUUGGGCUUCCCCAUGAUGCUGAUGACAUGUACGAUAGCCAUGUGUUACCUGCUGGCAACUCACGUCGGACUGGGCUGGAACACCUAAAUCUGCCAUCUGUACUGCCAUCCAAAGACACUCUGUGUGUGUGAGACAGUGAGAGAGAGAGUGAGAUAAUCUGUGUGUGUGAGUGAGCUAUAAGUGACAGUGGAUCUGACUUUGGGGGAUGACAGACUCAGCCUAAUGGACAGCGGUGAUCAGCCGAUCAUGCCGAUCAUGUGCUUACGGCCCAUGCAUCAUGCUGUGAAGGUGUGAUAAAACAUUCAAACAAGGGAACGCCUGCACCUGCUUAAGGGCUAGGGGUAGCAGUGUAUUCCACUGUGGUGCUAUUGCCAUUUUUAGUGAGGAGUUUUGCUGAACUGUUUACAUUUGUCAAAAAAAAAAAAAAAACAACCAACCAGAAGAUUCCUUAUUCUUUAUUGUUAAGACACAGUAGUUCUGUUUAUAUGAUUUUAUGUGGCCAUAAAACAGUAUUUAUUGAUACAUUUCAGUUAGAUAUAUUUGUCAGGCACUGUAACAUCUGAUGAAAGGGAUAUUCAAGUGUGCCUGUCCAACUAAUAACCAAAUUUUCCAGUCCUAACAGAUCUGUCAUGAAUCAUGUUCCAUUUCAAUUCAUUAAGUAAAUUCAAAUUUCAUUUACAUUCACAAUGAUGGACCUUAUUAAUCCACCUCAUGUAACUAAUGUAUAUGUUCACAGUCCUCAGCAGUGAUC